CAGGCAAGAGCCACGGGAGGACCCAAAUCAUGAUGGGUUUCUGGGGAGGGGUUUCCUGAUCCUAUCUCUAUCUCUGGUAGUCACAGAAAACUUGGUUUUCAUAGCUUCUAUGACUGCAGGUUGAUAGUUCUCAGAGGAGGUGUGUGUGUGUGUGUGUGUGUGUGUGUGUGCGCGUGCGUGCGUGUGUGUGUGUGUGUGUCUAUAUGCAUGUGUGCGAUGCCAGGCAGUUUUGGAGUGCUUCCUGUGUGUGUGGACUCCCCGAAUUCUCAACACAGUGUGAAAGAAUCACUCCCAUUUCAGAGAGUGACACUGAAUUUCAGAAGCAGUUCUGUUCUUGCCCUAAGAUCUACCCCCAAUUAUUGGAAGAACUGAGUAUAGAACAUGCACAGCCUCCAUUAGUACCGCAAAGUCUGCUGUCACUGUGCCAAGUUCUGCAGCCCACUGGACCCUGGAGACUGGGGAACAGCAAUCAAGAUAAGUCAUCAGUCAUCUGUAUUUCCCAACUUUCCCUGCAGUUCUGUGAAACCAUGUGCCUCUUGGCCAUACGACUUACAACUCUCAAGGCGGCUUCCCAGCUCAAGCCAGGGCUGCUCUCUUGUCUUCGGUUCCCCGUUACGAGCAACCACUCACUCUUACAGAGAGGGCAGCUCUCGGACUCUGCGUUAGAGGAAAUGUCUGAGAAGUGUACUGUGCCUAGGCACUUCUCACUUGUACUUGGUUCCGAACACAGAUUGGCUGACCUUCCUGGUUUUCUCCAGAACUUUUCAGGUUUUAACAUUAAACAUCUCACUUUGGGGAAACCCUUCGACAGGAUACAGGAAGUCCUAGUUUGCAGUGAGGAGUAA